CCGUGCGGAAGAGAGCCGAGAAGAGCUGUUGCAGUCAGCACUGCUUUCACUACCCGGUCCGCAGGCUGGACUGCGCUGCCGCACACAGCACCAGGACCUACCCAAGUAGUAACACCCCACCGAAACGUGCAAUGGCCAAGAAGUAGAGUUCACGGACAUAGAUGGUAAACCUGUGUGCUGAGGGAUUGUUUAUUUCCCCCCCUGGAGCCAUGGUGUGCUGUCAGACUCCCAGAAGUUUAAGCAGAGGCAACUGGGGCUUCGCUCCUCUGCUGGCUGCUGCGCUGCUCAGUCUUCUGUUCGCAGGGAUGCAACAAACCACGGCGUUUCCCUCCUGGAGGUUAGAGGAAGAACCUUACACCACUGUGUUGCUCAUCGGGGUCCGGAAAGAGGCCCGGUCACAAAUGCUUCACCUCUCCAGGAACAAGCGCUACACCCUUACCCCAGAGAAGCUCCAGUGGGACAAGUUCAAGCUUACAUACAAGUUGCUCUCCUACCCUACAAACUUGAUCAAUGCCAGUGACACGCGUCGAGGCAUUGGCAAGGCUUUUGGCAUGUGGAGCGACGUCUCGCCGUUCAGCUUCAGAGAGGUGCCAGCUGACCAAGAAGCAGACAUUAAGAUCGGCUUCUACCCCGUCAACCACACAGACUGCCUGCAGUCCUACUUGCACCAUUGUUUCGACGGCAUCACAGGAGAAUUGGCUCAUGCAUUCUUCCCGCCAAUUGGUGAGAUCCACUUUGAUGACCACGAAUACUGGAUUCUGGGAAACAUGCGCUACAGCUGGAAGAAAGGGGUUUGGCUGACAGAUCUUGUCCAUGUGGCAACUCAUGAAAUUGGCCACGUCCUGGGACUCAUGCACUCCAUGGACCGGAAAGCUAUAAUGCACCUGAAUGCAACGCUGACAGGGCGCAAGCUAAUCACACAGGAUGAUGUGUGGGGUUUGCACCGUCUCUAUGGAUGUUUGGACCGGUUAUUUAUCUGUCCGGCCUGGGCUCGGAAAGGCUAUUGCGACAGCAAGCGCAAGCUGAUGCAGAAGCACUGCCCUUCCAGCUGUGAUUUCUGUUACGAAUUCCCCUUCCCCACUAUGGCUCCCACCCCGACACCCCCGAGGACCAAGCACAAGCUGGUCGUCGAGGGAAAGACGCUCACUUUUCGCUGUGGGAAGAAAAUAGCAUCGAAGAAAGGCAAAGUAUACUGGUACAAGGACGGGGAGCUGCUGGAGUUCUCUCACCCGGACUACAUCUCCUUGAAAGAUGACCACAUUACCAUAGUGGCCAAUGCCAUCAACGAAGGCACAUACACCUGCAUUGUGAAGAAAAAAGACAAAAUUCUCACAAACUACUCGUGGAGAGUUCGUGUGCGCUACUGAAGGCCACUCCAGCUCCUCAGCACACUGAACAAAACGCAUUCACACACACGGUCACAAGGAGACCUCAUUCACUAGGGCACAUAUUUGUUUUAACUAUCUUACUUAUGUCGGUCAUCAACUGUCACGUGUUUUAAUAAUAAAUAAUGAAUGUUCCAUGA